AUGUCUAGAAAUAUUUAUAAAUGUAAAUUACCUUACAAUAUGUUAAUAAAAUACUUAGAUCUAUAAUUAGAUAAUGAAUAUAAUUAAGAUGAAAUAAAUUAAAUUAUCCAAUAAAUUUUUUCUAUUAAAAAUAUUGGAGGUGCGGCCUAAUUAACUACAUCUAAUUUUAGAUGCUUUGAUUGCACCUUUUAGAGAAUAAAAUCAUCAAAAAGUUCUGUGUUCGAAAUAAUUACUGAGUAAGAUGGUGUAAUUGAACUUCUUGAAUUUAAAAUAUAUUAAGCAGAACAUGAUUUAUAAUAAAUGACUAACAAUUCAGGAUGUAUAGGCAUUUAUUCUUAAAAUAGCUUGUUAAAUCUUAAAAUUGUAAACUCUUACUUUUCAUAAAUAAUAAGUAGAAUGGCUCCAUCUAUCUUAACAAUUAUACCAUCCAUUGCAUAAAAUUAAAUAGUGAUUACUAACAUUACAAUAAUAAAUUGUUUAUCUUUACUAAAUUCAAUUAUAAAAGUCUAAUUUUCAAAUAAAAUUGCUCAAUAAAAUAAAAUAAAAAUUACAAAUGUAAUGAUAAUGAUAGAUGAAGAAAAUUGGAUUGCUUACUUUUCUAAAAUUGAAGCGUUAACUAAUUCUGAAAUUGAAGAAGUAACCAGUGAAACAAAUGCAUUGAUUUAUUUAGAAAGUUGUUAGAUUGAUAUAAAAGGACUUUCAAUCUCAGGUUUACUUCUAUAUCCAAUAUUAAAAGUAUCAAAUAUUUCAAGUUUAAAAUUAUAGAAUUUUUGGAUAGAUUAAACUUAUAUGUUUUACUCAUUUAAUAUUAUUGAUAUUCAAUAAACAGUUCAAACUCAAUAUACUGUAAUUUUUUCAUAAUUUAGUAUUACCAAUACUUAGCCUUAUUUAGCUCUGUAAAUAUAGCUUUUGAUAACUCAAAUUUUAUUCAUUAACUAAAAUUGUAUUAAAAUAACAAUAUCAACAGUUGAAAAAUCCUAGACGUUUUAGAAUGUAUAAAAUAGUUUUAAAAGAAAUGCUAAGAACUCUUCAUCACUUAUUAAUCUGAAGAGUGUAUAAGAAAAAAAUAAUUAUAGACUUAAUCUAAUCUAAAUAAAGAGAAAUAAUUGUACAUUUUGUAGUAAUGGCUUAAUUUAUUUUAAUGUUUAUAAAAUUGAAAAACUAAGUAUUUACGAUUUAGAUUGUUUUUAUAACAUAAUAUCUGAUUAUGGAUGUUUAAAUUUUGCUCAUGCAACUUAAGUUUCUUUAUCAUAUAUAAAAGUAAUUAAUUCAAAUAUAAUUAAUAACAUUGGUAAAAAAGGUGCAGCAAUAACUUCUAUAGAAGCACCUAUAUUUGUGAGUAAUUGCAUUAUAAUGAAUAAUGUUGCUAAUGAAUAAGGUGGAGGUCUUUAUUUUGAUUUAAAAAAUAAAAGAUUCAUCAUUAAAUCUACAAUCAUUAUAUAAAACAAAGCAAAUAUUGGAGGAGGUUUAUAUUUAGAUGGUAAUUAAACUAUUAAUAUUGAUAACUUUAUUUAGUCUUUAUUAAUAUUCAAUUAAGCAAAAAAUUAUGGAAAUAACCUUAUAGAAAGCCCAUCUAAUUUAACUUUAAGUAUUAACCAAGUUGAAAUGAAAUCCUCAAAAUUUAUUUUGAAUAAUACUCAAACAAACAUUCUUUAAUUAAAACCCUAUAUUACAAUAGAACAAGAAUAAAAAAUAAAAAGUGAUUAUUUAAAAAUACCAAGUAACUAAGUAAUUAAAGAUUAUUAACUUUUUGUUCCUAAAAUAUCAUAUGCCCUAAUUUUAUUUUAAGAUUUAAGUUUAUAUUUUAAAAACAGUAGGAAUGAAUUUCUUUUUAAUUAGGUGAAUUCAACCUGCGUUGUUAAGUAAUAGAUUAUAGAAAAUGAUAAAAUAUUAAGUAAUACUUAAUUAAAUGAAUUAUCUUACAAUUCAAUAUUGAAUAGAUUUGAUAUGAUUUAUUUAUAGUUUCAUUUCAAUCCAAAUUAUUAGAAUAAUAGUUAUUUAUAAAUAAUAAUUUAAUGUGAUCCUUAAGAUGAUUCAAAAUAAUUGUAAUACAUAAUAAAUGCAAGAAGUUAUAAAUGUUAAUUAGGAGAAUUUUAGGUUGAUAAUGGUUGUUAAUUAUGCUAAUCAAAUUAAGGAUAUUAUUCUGUUACUUACAAUGAUACUAAAUGUUCAAUCUUUGAUAAAUAGAAGUUUAACUAAAUAACAGCAAAUUCAUUAAAUUUAAAUAAGGGAUAUUGGAGACCAAAUUAUUUAUCAGAUUAUACAACUUAAUGCUUUAAGAAUAUUAAAAAUUGUAAAGGUGGUUGGUAUGUUGGUGAUAAUCUUUGCAUAAAAGGACAUUUAGGAGCAUUAUGUGAAGAAUGUGAUAUUUAUAAUAUCAAAGGUGAUGGAAAAUACUUUAAAAACUCAGAAAAUUCAGAAUGUUUGUCAUGUUUUGGUAUUGCUGAUAGCAUUGUACCUUUUAUAUUAAAUUCAGUUUGGUAUUCAUAUUCAAAUAUUUAGGGCUGUAUUAUCAGUUAUAUUAACAUUAAAUAGUAUAAAUAAAUCUAAUGAUCUAUUUAUUUUAUUAAGAAUAAAAGAAAGAUAAAGUUAAAUUAUUUUCACAUUAACUUAAGGUAUUCUCUUUAAUUUAAUUUAGAUUUUGAAAGCAUCUUUAUUAAAAUGA